CAUAACGGGUGGAAUCUGUCAUGCAAAGAGGACACUAUAUCGCUAUAAAAGAGUUGGGGACAUCUACGUUUGAUCAUUCUGACUGCACAGAACAGCUACAAUCAUGAAAUUCGCUGUGUUCCUGCUCCUACUCUCUCUUGCCUUCGCCGGCUGCAGCGCCGGGAGACGCUGGGGUAUGAGAGGAGGGGGCGGAAGGUGGCCCUGCCGAGGUUUCUUCUGUAGGUUUUGGGGUCUAAGUCGUCGUCUCCCAGCGCCCUGGCGACCCUCGCUCCCCGUGUGUAGCGGGAAGGGCACCCUGGGGGAAAGAUUCGCCCUCAACUUGGGCAUCAACGACGCUGACAACGACACUUUCGUCUCAGGCCCGGAGAUCUACAACGACUUCAAAAACAACUACGACACCAACAACGACGGCUGCGUCACUGAGGCCGAGUGGACGCAGCGCUGGGAGAGGGGACUUCGCUUUUCCAAGGCAUACGCCGUGAACCGUUUCGCCGCUUUGGCAAGCGAUAACGUCACCUGCCCCAUCACGUACGAAAGUUUCGAGAACAGCACCGAUAUGCAGAUGCCGGUGGGCAUCUUUCUCUCAGCCAAUCUGCAGACCCUCGUGGAAACAUGCCAGAGCGACAACUCUCGGCUCAUCUCCAACUGCGACUGUCUACAGUUGUUGGGCGCUUGUGUGAACGACGCUAAGCUCAGCGAAGACUCCGUGUGUAAGGCGUACGUGGUUCAGCCAGUUAUUGCCACCGACUAACCCGUCGUCGAUUGGUUGGAAUGUCAGAAACUAGAGUACCCACUUCCUCGGUUUUAGGACCCGCGACAAAUUGAUUUAUUUCAAUAAAGAUAAAGAGCUUAGUUGAGGCUUUUGUUCUAAUUCUGAAAUAUUUUCUUGGAUCUGGCUGGAAAUAAAAAGAAGAAAUAUAUUAUGGCAAAA